AUGACCUUACGCCGCUGCAGCAGGCAUUGGCGCCCGGCGGGUGGUGGUUUAGAUGGAGUUUCCCUGCUGUGGGGCGCGGAGUGUCUAAGUCAUUUGGGGCCCUUCUUGCUGCCGGCCAUCCUCCAGUGCAAAAUCCGCCCUUGCCCUGUAUAUCAGCUGCAGCGGCAGCAGCAGCAGCAGCAGCAGGAAGAGCAGCAGCAGCAGCAGCAGCAACAGCAGCACCAAGGAAGGGUGCUGCUGCUCCACGAAGAACAGACAGAAGCAAUAGCAGGCAUAACUGCAGCAGCAGCAGCAGCAGCAGCAGCAGGAAAAGAAGCAGGAUCAGCAUUCCCUCAACCUCAGCAGCAGCGACAGCAGCAGUUGGACGACGAUGGGAAGCAGCAGCAACAGCAGCAGCAGCAGCAGCAGCAGCACAAUGAAGGGCAGCAGCAGCAGCAGCACGAAGGGUGUCGAUACAGCGCAGCACAAUGGAAUGGUUUGCUGCGCCUUGUUUUCCGCAUUCUAGAUAUUGUCCCUCCAGAAUCCCGUGCCAACUGCCGAGCUAUUAUAUCCAACGAGCUGGCUGCAUGCAGAGAGCAGCAGGAGCAGGAGCAGGAGCAGCAGCAGCAGCCAGCAGAAGAGAAGAAGACAGCACCUGUCUUGGAGUAUCUGAGGGACCCAACAGCAAUAUAUACAAACAACGGAUUUCUAUCUAAGCUUGGGGCGGGGCUGGCAGUGUUGAAGGGUUUACGAGGCCUCUGCAUACUAGAGAUGGUUUAUUGCGGAGAGGAAACCCUAAUCAAUACAUCGCAGUACUUUGAUAACAAAACCUUUAGGUCUGUAGGCAGUGUUGCUAUGUUGCUGCUAAACAGCUGCACUCUCGCCUUCAUCAUGAAGACCCACAAAUACGGUUAG